AUGUCAACCUUUGUGGAUCGAGAAUAUUCAAGGCGUUAUCCCAACUCAAGACCUUUUGCUUGCGGUGGACUCGGGUCACCCAUAUUCUCUCAUAGACUACACGCUUGUCAGUACAACCCAAAGAACACUGUUCGAGUUGGACUUGACGCUUUAGCAUAUCUUCCAAACCCCACGACUCUGACGAUUUCUGGAGACACCGCGACAAAUUGGCACGACACUCAAUUCCAUAGCUUCACCAAUAUCAUUGACUUCACGAUCGAAGCCCCGGCUGGUGCACACCUAGAACGUCAUCUGCACAAUUUCACGAUUAGCAACCCUCGUCUUCAACCCUAUAUUUUUGACAAGGAGACGGGUCCAUUUGCUCUUCAAUAUCUGGAGCUUUAUGGGCAGCUCACGUCUCUUACGUCGGUUUGUCUUUCUGACGAUGAUGAUGGGGGAAGCACCGCUAAGCGAGGAAAACUGGGAAAGAGUGACCGCAUUUUGAUCGCCCACCUUUCUUCGUAUUCGGGCCUAGAAGAACUCACUGUCAGCGCUUUUGGGGUGAAGUUCUUUCGAAAGGCUCUUCCUCGCCAUAUUGAUAUUCUCGCAAAACUCGUCUUGGAAUAUGGAUUUUGGGGCGGCUCUCCUUCGGAUUACGACUUUACGGCUGUUUCUCAGCUUCACAAUCUUCAGCAUUUAGAAAUCACCUUGCUGUCCAUAAUUCUAGCGGCCAGUGAAGUAAUGGUUCCAACGGCCGUUGUGUGGCUAGACCAUAGCGACUUGCUUACAUGCCCUCAACGCUUCUGCUACACAGACGAACUCAAAAUGAAUGUGGACAAAAUUAUCCAGCACUACAUCAACAUCGGCCAGAAUUGUCCACUUCCUCUUCGUGUCCACGUACACGCAUGGGAACGGAUGUCUGUCACAUACCACAUCAUUGGCGCUCGCUUCAUACAAGUCUGCUGUUUCAGGCACACGGCUGAAUCUCAAGAGCUUCCUUGUGAAACUGAUGGUAGACGGAAAUUGUUCAGGAUCUGGGCUGCUGGAAUGCCUUUCAUGUUCAUUCGUCAUUGCGCUCGUGGUGAUGAUACGCUGGAUGACAUGGAGAGCUUACGACAAUUUAUCUUUAAGACCUGCUAUAUUGGUUCUCUGAGCUUCGCGCGUCUUCGAGCGCUCGUGUCAGGCUGUCGGGAUACCCUUGGAGGAAUUGCUUCAAUCCGUUGA